AUGACCGCGGCAGCAACCGCACCGGCAGCGGCCUCAGGUGCCCCCCAACGCAACUGGCUUGCCAUCCCAGCCCCCGUCCGCAGGCUGUUCAACCUGUUCCCCCUAGCUGUGUACCAGGCGGAAGCUCUCCCUUGCGGAGCGCCGGACCGCGUGCGGCCACGGCCGGUCCUCCACGUCUUCGCCGACGUGACCAGCCCCUCGACCGACGCGCCCAGCUUCAACCCUUCCUGCCUCAAGUGGCAGGCCGUCCUGCGCAUAGCCGGUGUCCAGGUCGACGUGGUGCCGUCCAACAACCACGCCUCUCCCUCGGGCGCACUCCCUUUCCUCCUGGCACCCACCACCACCACCACCACCACCACCACCACCACCACCACAUCAAAACCUCUCACUGGUGACGCCAUCCUCCAGUAUGCCCAGAGUAACGCAUCGCGCACCCUCCAGGUAGACGAGCCGUUCUCGUCGGCGUCGUUGCGCCUCGACGCCUACCGAUCCCUCAUGGCUCAAUCUAUCCGCCCAGCCUGGCUUUACGCCCUCUACCUAAACCCAGCUAACCAACCGCUCCUCUACAAACUAUACCUAUCCUCCUCGCCUCUCCUCUCCUACCCUCUGUCGCAGCAGCUCCGCACCGCCGCCACGGCCGAGAUCCUCUCCACCACCCGCCGCCCCUCCAUAUCCCCACAGCAGCUCCUCGACGACGCCGACUCCGCCCUAGAGGCCCUGUCCGCCCUGCUAGGCGACGCCCGGUGGUUCUCCGCUUCCGCCCCCGUCGCCGCCGCCUCCGCCCAGCAGACCCCAGACUCGCCCGAUCCGUGGCCGGCUGUGCUCAAAUAA